AUGGCCAGAGCGCGGUGCCGCCCGCACGGGCGGGGCUGCCGGGCGGGGCUGAGGCGAGGCCCGGCAGGGUCGGAGCCAGGGCGCUGCGAGGGGAGCGGGCGUGGAGUGAGCGUGGGCGAGCAGAGUCCCGGACCGGGCAAUGGCGAGCAGCGCUGGGGCCGGGCAGGGGGUGGGAGGGCGCCGCGCAGCAUCGGCCCCGCUGACGGCAUCGCGGUCCCCCCGCAGCACAAGAGCGCCCUUGUGCCCCUGGAGCUGGCGCUGCUGGGGGUGGUGUCGUGCCCUGGCUUCCACGGCGACGUGCGGCUCCUGGACCGGUUCGAGCUGCCCGACGGCUUCGCGCUGCUCAUGGAGCGUCCGGAGCGCUGUCAGGAGCUCUGGUACUUCCUGGGCGAGCGGGAGCUCUUGACGGAGCCCGUGCCGCGGGGGCUGUUCGGCCGGGUGCUGGAUGCCGUCCGGCACUGCAGCAGCCGCAGCGUCCUGCACCGCGACAUCAGGGCCGAGAACGUCCUCGUCGACCUGGCCACCGGCGAGGCGAAGCUCUUUGACUUCGGGUGUGGCACGAUCCUCCAGGACACGUUCCACACCCGGAUGUCAGAGCAGGAGAAUGGGAAAAAUGACACCAGCUAUGAUGAUGACAGGAAGAAAAAACAGGAGUUGAAUUCAGAGGAAAAAGAACAUGAAGUAAGGAGACCAAGCUAA